GUCCGAGUCCCACCUUGGUCUCACCCUCCCGCCACACACGCUCUGUAUCGCUCACAUCCCGUCCUCAUCAUGGCAGAACACGACGACACUCUUGUCAUGCGCAGAUCUAAGCGGGCUACGGCAGGGAAUAGGAUGGAGGCAGCGUUAGCUGAGUUUCGCGCCGAGGAUGUAGGCAUGGACGUGGAAGAGGACGUUGAUUUCGUUGUCGUCAAAGACGAGGAGGACGCUUUCGAAUCCGACUUCGAGAGCACCGACGAGGAGGCUCAGGAAGACAUCAAUGUCUUGGAGGAGAGGAAGGCCUGGGACGACGAGAGGCAACCUCGUAAAGUCUGUGGAUUACCUUCAUGAUGAGUCUUCCCGCUCAGAUUCCCGCAGGGUGGUCGCUCCAAGUUGGACAGGGUGACCGCCGCUGCACAUGCGCGUCAAAAGGCAACCUUCAAUCCACAAGUGGAAGAACAGCAGAACCCGGAGUCUCAUGUUACCAAAGUGAAGAGAAGAGUAUCUAUGGGCUCGGU